GUUACCACCUCCGCGUUCCAGUCGCCGACGGAGGUGGAACGGUCGGAGGAACGCUGCAGCGGAAUUGGUUAUGGUGAUGAAUUUCAAGGUGUUCAAGAAGUCCUCGCCAAACGGCAAGAUCUCCUUGUACUUGGGCAAGAGAGACUACGUGGAUUAUCUAUCAGGGAUCGAGCCAAUCGAUGGAGUAGUCCUACUGGACCAGAACUACAUAGACACCGGAAGGAAGGUAUGGGGCCAGUUGAUCUGCAGUUUCCGCUACGGCCGCGAGGAGGACGAGGUGAUGGGCCUGAACUUCCAAAAAGAUCUCUACCUCGUCUCCGAGCAAAUUCAACCGGCCACCAAGAAGGCGGAGGAUAGCUUAACGAAGCUGCAAGAACGACUGCUGCGGAAGCUAGGACCGAACGCCAUCCCGUUCACCUUCAAGUUCCCCCAAAGUGCUCCGUCCAGCGUGACCCUGCAGCCAGGUGAGGACGAGACCGGCGAACCCUGCGGCGUCAGCUAUAUCGUGAAGUUCUACUCCGGCGAGACGGAAACUGAUCUCACUCACAAGAGGAGCACGGUGACAAUGGGCAUCAGGAAGAUACAGUACGCACCCACGAAGCAGGGUCGCCAGCCGUGCACUGUGGUGAGAAAGGAUUUUUUAUUGAGUCCUGGGGACCUGGAACUGGAGGUUACCUUGGACAAGCAGCUCUACCAUCAUGGGGAGAGGAUAGCGGUGAACGUGUGCGUGCGGAACAACAGCAACAAAGUGGUGAAGAAGAUCAAGGCACUGGUGCAGCAGGGCAUCGACGUGGUGAUCUUCCAGAAUGGCCAGUUCAGGACGGUGAUCGACGCGGUGGAGACGCAGGACGGCUGCCCGAUCAACCCCGGUUCGAACCUGCAGAAGGUGCUCUACCUGACCCCGGAACUGGAGAAGAACAAGAACCGACGCGGCAUCGCUUUGGAUGGAAAACUGAAGAGGGACGAAGGCGAGCUAGCUUCUAGCACGCUACUGCUGUCCCCGGAUGUCCGGGAUUCUUUCGGUAUCGUGGUCUCGUACGCUGUCAAGGUCAAACUGUAUCUGGGUGCCCUGGGUGGAGAACUGUCCGCUGAGCUGCCGUUCAUUCUGAUGAGACCGAAACCGGUGGACCGGAUCAAGGUGGUGAACGCGGACAACGAAGAGGUGGAGGACAUCACUGAAGAGAAGGUGCCCCUGGCUGCUAAUUAGACAGGGUCCAAGUCAACUUGAACACGGGAAGCUCACAUGUCCAAGCGAUUCGCGUGUAUGGGUGUAACAUUCUGGGAAUGUAACGCGUCCUCUAUUAUGUUAACCCCUUAAGGGCCUGGAUCGGAGUCAAGAUUUAUUUUUGUAUUAAGGAAUGCUGGCUAAAUGAAGAAGACUUGGGCCAUAAAACAAAAUGGAACAGGGACGUUGGUAGAUUAUUUAGUAUUCGAAUUUUAAGUUUGAUAGUUUCAUUCGGGUAGGCCCGAGGACCUUAAGGGGUUAAGGAUUAUGCCCUCGAUUCUUGGAUCUAACUGGCUCGCUGCAACUCACUGGAAAUUGGAACGACGACAAUGUAGGACCGAGAUCGUCCUCUGUUCUCCGAACCGACUCCUCUUAGACGUCCAAGAAAUUCGUAUCGAUCACUGCUGGAAGCUAGGUGAAAGUGAACCGACCGUGCGACGCAACUGGAACGCGACCCUUUCAAAAAGAACAUGCAACCGAUCUGUAGCUCUCGUUUGCACAGUAGCAUCCUGCGAUUGUAAAAAUGCGUAUAACAGGAAGAAAAAUGGAACAUUCGUAUAGAAUCUGAUCCAAAUACAUCUGUAUGCUAUUACACAACCGAGUAUCCUUUUCUACCUAUCCGAACUUCGCAUCUUAGCUAUCGCAAUGAUUAUUUUGUAACAGUCUCUAUUUCAUUAAACGCAACGUAUCCUUUU